GGCCUGGGAACCACAGGUCACUGCACUAGGGUCAUGAAGGUGAAAGAGGAGAAGGCCCAUGUAGGAAAGCUGGACCCCACAAAGUAUAGGAGGAGAUGUCUGGAUCAAGACUGCCCUUCCGUCCAUAUCGGGCUUCCAGUCCCCAGUUAUACUCAGAGAAAAGGUGACCAGAAAGGGCAUCUCUCAGGCCUGCAAAAAGUCCACUGGGGUCUUCAACCGGACAAGCCACAACAGGAACUGACCAGCCCAGGGAGAGGAACAAGCAACAGGGACAGGAACAUGGAUCUUAUCAGCAGGACUCGGUCCCCAGCUGCUGAGCAGCUCCAGGACAUCCUGGGGGAGGAAGAUGAGGCUCCCAACCCCACCCUCUUCACAGAGAUGGACACUCUGCAGCAUGAUGGAGACCAGAUGGAGUGGAAGGAGUCAGCCAGGUGGAUAAAGUUUGAAGAAAAGGUAGAGGAAGGAGGCGAACGCUGGAGCAAGCCCCACGUGUCCACACUGUCUCUGCACAGCCUCUUCGAGCUCCGCACCUGCCUGCAGACGGGGACAGUGCUGCUGGAUCUGGACCGUGGCUCCUUACCACAGAUCAUAGAUGAUGUCAUUGAGAAGCAGAUUGAAGACGGCCUUCUGAGGCCAGAACUCCGGGAGAGGGUCAGCUAUGUCCUGCUGAGGAAGCAUCGCCACCAAACUAAGAAGCCCAUCCACCGCUCCUUAGUGGACAUCGGAAAGUCAGUCUCCUCCACCACGAGCCGGAGCCCUGCCCGGAGCCCAGCAGCUGGCCCAAAUCUGCGCCGCUCCACUGAGGACCUGAGGAUGCGGCAAAGCACAAAUUACGGACAUCUGUGUCACGCCCAGAGCAGGAGCAUGAAUGACAUUUCUCACACCCCAAACACAGACCAGAGGAAAAACAAGUUCAUGAAGAAGAUCCCCAAGGACUCAGAGGCCUCCAAUGUGCUUGUGGGUGAGGUGGACUUUCUGGACCAGCCUUUCAUUGCCUUUGUGCGUCUCAUCCAGUCGGCCAUGCUGGGAGGAGUGACCGAGGUGCCCGUUCCCACCAGGUUUCUGUUCAUUCUACUGGGACCUUCUGGGAGAGCGAAAUCCUACAAUGAAAUUGGCCGUGCCAUUGCAACUCUCAUGGUGGAUGACCUCUUCAGUGAUGUGGCCUACAAAGCCCGCAAUCGGGACGAUCUGAUUGCAGGCAUCGAUGAGUUCCUGGAUGAGGUCAUCGUCCUUCCGCCGGGAGAAUGGGACCCAAAUAUCCGCAUUGAGCCACCCAAGAAAGUGCCCUCUGCUGACAAGAGGAAAUCCGUGUUCUCCCUGGCCGAGCUAGGCCAGAUGAACGGCGCGGUGGGCGGAGGCGGCGCAUCUGCAGGAGGAGGGGGCCCUGGCGGCGGCGGAGCCGGCGGCGGUGGGGCCGGCGGAGCCGGCGGUGGGGACGAUGCAGAGAUGCCGGCUGCGCACGAAAUUGGGGAGGAGCUCAUCUGGACAGGAAGGUUCUUUGGUGGGCUGUGUCUGGACGUCAAGAGGAAGCUCCCCUGGUUCCUGAGUGACUUCUGUGAUGGCUUCCACAUCCAGUCCAUCUCUGCCAUUCUGUUCAUCUACCUCGGCUGUAUCACCAACGCGAUCACCUUUGGGGGGCUCCUGGGUGAUGCCACCGACAAUUAUCAGGGAGUGAUGGAGAGCUUCCUGGGCACUGCCAUGUCCGGCUCCUUGUUCUGCCUCUUCUCGGGACAGCCUCUCAUCAUCCUCAGCAGCACAGGGCCCAUCCUCAUCUUCGAGAAGCUGCUCUUCGACUUCAGCAAAGGCAAUGGCCUGGACUACAUGGAGUUCCGCCUCUGGAUUGGCCUACACUCAGCCAUCCAGUGCCUUAUCCUGGUGGCCACAGACGCCAGCUUUAUCAUCAAGUAUAUCACCCGCUUCACUGAGGAGGGCUUCUCCACCCUCAUCAGCUUUAUCUUCAUCUACGACGCCAUUAAGAAGAUGAUUGGUGCCUUCAGGUACUACCCCAUCAACACGGAUUUCAAGCCUGACUCCAUCACCACGUACAAAUGCGAGUGCGUCGCCCCUGAUACAGUGAAUACAACCGUCUUCAAUGCCUCAGCCCCGAUGGCACCAAACACCAACAGUUCUCUGUACAACCCCCUUAACCUCACAGCACUGGACUGGUCCCUGCUGAGCAAGAAGGAGUGCCUGAGCUACGGUGGGCGCCUACUCGGGAGCUCCUGCCAGUUCAUCCCAGACCUGGCGCUCAUGUCCUUCAUCCUUUUCUUCGGGACAUACUCCAUGACCUUGACCCUGAAGAAGUUCAAAUUCAGCCGCUAUUUCCCUACCAAGGUCCGGGCCCUGGUGGCUGACUUUUCCAUCAUUUUCUCCAUCCUGCUGUUCUGUGGAAUCGAUGCCUGUUUUGGCCUGGAAACACCCAAGCUGCAUGUGCCCAGUGUUAUCAAGCCCACGCGGCCUGACCGAGGCUGGUUUGUGGCCCCCUUUGGGAAGAACCCGUGGUGGGUGUACCUGGCAAGUAUCCUGCCCGCUCUGCUGGUGACCAUCCUGAUCUUCAUGGACCAGCAGAUCACAGCCGUCAUUGUCAACAGGAAGGAGAACAAACUGAAGAAGGCCGCCGGCUACCAUCUGGACCUGUUCUGGGUGGGCAUCCUCAUGGCCCUGUGCUCCUUCACGGGGCUCCCCUGGUAUGUGGCUGCCACUGUCAUCUCCAUUGCCCACAUUGACAGCCUCAAGAUGGAGACGGAGACCAGCGCCCCUGGGGAGCAGCCCCAGUUCCUGGGGGUCAGGGAACAGAGAGUGACUGGCAUCAUUGUCUUCAUCCUGACGGGAAUCUCUGUCUUUCUGGCUCCCAUUUUGAAGUACAUCCCCAUGCCGGUUCUGUACGGAGUGUUCCUCUACAUGGGUGUGGCCUCCCUGAAUGGCAUCCAGUUCUGGGAACGCUGCAAGCUCUUCCUGAUGCCCGCCAAGCACCAGCCAGACCACGCCUUCCUGCGCCAUGUACCCCUGCGCCGCAUCCACCUCUUCACCCUGGUGCAGAUCCUCUGCCUCGCUGUCCUCUGGAUCCUCAAGUCCACUGUGGCCGCCAUCAUUUUCCCGGUCAUGAUCCUGGGCCUCAUCCUUGUUCGAAGGCUGCUGGACUUCGUCUUCUCCCAGCAUGAUCUGGCUUGGAUCGACAACAUCCUCCCAGAGAAGGAGAAAAAGGAGGCAGACAAAAAGAAGAAAAGGAAAGGGGCCCCUGAGGACAGUGAUGAGGAGGAAAAAGAUCUUCCAGUUGGAGUUACUCAUUCUGAUGCAGCUUUCAGUGGCUCAGAACUGGAUCGAAGCAUCACCCUGCACUUCAAAAUCUCCUGUCCAGCCUCACCUGCUUUCAACUACUCACGGAACCCCAUCUUCAUGGUGCCACAGGUGAAGAUAGAGAUGGAGUCUGACUACGACUUCACAGAUGUGGAUGAGUACGCCAGAGAGGCCGACGGGGAGACCACCCUCUAGGAUGACGCGGCUUCCCCCAGACUGGGGACAGGGUGAGGCCUGAUACGGUCAGUUUGAGUCUGGCUCACCCUUAACUUCUCCGUGCCUGUGUCCUUACUUACCAAAUGGGGCAGGUCCUUUUGGCUAAUAGAAAACUGGAGACCUUUCAGUGAAAAGUGUUCCUUAGAUGCAAAGCUCUCCCCUUCCCUUUGUAGUUAUUAUAAAAUACAGAAAGCUAAAUGUCAUACCUUAUUUUCAAAUGCAGUCCAGCUAGAAAUUACAUUUCUUUUGAAAUGCAAAAGCGUGUAUUUGCCAAAAUCUUAACUAACAUACAUGGGCAAUAGUUAAUUUAUACUUAAAACAAAUAUCAUUUAAAAUUUUUAAAUACAAGUCAAGAUGGUUUGAGAGAACUCAAAACACUCCCACAGCCAGGUGUGGUGGCACACACCUGCAGUCCCAGCACUUGGGGUGUUGAGGCCAGGCUGAGCUGUAUAAUGACACUCUGUCUCAAAAACACAAAACCAAACUCAUAUCAAUAGACCAAUGUUGAAAUAUGUUUUGCAAAUUUGCAUAUUAAGAAAGGCUGAGAAGGUUCCAUCUCUUCUUUUCACCUCAUUCUGCUAAGUCUGAACCAUCUACAUUAUGGGGCCUUCACUAGAAAUGGGACUGAAGUUAUUCCAGAAUGAAAAGCUAGUCCUAAAAGUCUGAGGGAAUGUUUUGAAAAUAAAAUCAUCCUUAUUAAAGUCAAAUCUCAAUCUACAUGUUAGAUAAACAAAAUGACCCUUUCAAUUUAUAUCAGAUUUUUCACACCUGGAAUCAAAUUUCUCCUUGCAUUUGGGUAGGUCCUUCCUGCAGGUUUCCAGUGACUGAUACCCAAAGUUAAACCUCCAUUCACAUGAACAUGACACGUUAGGCAGCUGACAUUGUAGAAGAUUGUAACUUUGCAAUGUUAAUCACAGUAGUACUUUAAAGUAAUGAUUGGAAGCAAUCUGGGUAGAUUCAAACCAGCUAUUCAUGAAGCAAACCCUCUCCCCAUGAAAGAUUAGACAUUAUUUUCAAUCCACAUUUAGUUAGACCAAACUAUGUUUAUGUAACACCUGUUAUUGCCCAAUAGCCACAAAACAUCUAAUAUUUCCUUUCUCUGAAACUGUGGAUUUGAAUCUUGAGUAAAUCACAUUGCUUAGUCACUAUAUUUACUCAAGAUAAUGAUACACUGUUUCAUUUUUUAAAAAAAAGACAAAUGACACUAGAUCAUUAAUACCUCGGAUAUAAGAACAGGUAAUUGCCUCUGUAAUCUUUAGAGCCUAACAGUACCUGGUCCAUAAAACGUUCUCAAGAGUUCAUGAAAUUUAAUCUCAGAGCUCUGUUCCAAGGGUUAUUGCCAAGAGGUAAAGCUCUAAGCCUCUGUCACUCCCAAUAGCAGAAUCACUUCAUGUUCACUAAUCCAAAACUUCUCAAAUUUAAGUAUACAUUCUUUAUCUUCCCCUGCACUAAUGUAGGGAAAGCUAACAAUCUCCCCUGAACAUUUGUUUUAAAGCCUGGCUGACUUGGAAUAGGACUUUGUCCAGAUUGUAGAAAUGUUAUGUGGAUUCAGGAGUAAAUGUGCUUGGGUUAAUUAGACUGGAAAACUGCAAUGUUAGUUUUUUGUUGUUGUAAAUUGAUCUGUGUAAUUUUUAACUGAUAUAUCAUUUAUAUUUUGUAUAUACACAAGCAUUUUAAUUUCAGUGGCUGUUACCAGGGUGACAUAUUGUUACUUCUCCAUGCAGUAAGCCAGUAAUUUUUUCCAUGUUUAAUGUAACUAUAAUUCAAUAAAAAUUAAUUGUCCACUCA